GCCCUCCGCUGAUGCAACCACCAUUGUCGACGUCAAGAAACCCAUUACAAUCCUUUGCGCCGAGCUUUUGUUGUACAAAGUCAAUAGCUCAACCAUGGAUGUUGAAUCCCUAAGGAAAUUUCCCAACUCUUUCCUUUACUUCGUUUAAACCCACGGAAAUUGUUCGCGGUCUGUUCUGUUAAUUUCUUCGUCUAUAUAAAGCCAUGGAAAUUCAGUUAUGCCCUACAAAUCUUUCCUAUCUUUCUCUCUUAGCCACACUGUUUGUUCCCUUUUUGCCGAUCACGGCUCGAAUACCCGAAUCCGUUGACAGUUCCAAUUUCCACAUCCAUGAAGCUCAGAGUACUGAAGAGGGAUUUUGAGGAGUUGAAGCUUCUUGCUGAGAAGCAAGAACCAAUACUGCGUUUUUAUGAGAGUAGAGCCCAGAACAUAACUAUGGGCUACCUCAUCUGGGAGCGUUUCUUCUUCUUUGCUCUCUCCCAGACUUCGUCGCCCCUCAAAUGUAUUGAUUGGCGGGUGGUUUUGGGGUUGAGUCUUGUGUGUAGCUUCGUGUACUUUUUGCUUUUUCUGGAGGCUGUCACCAUGUUGUACCGGACCCAGAACCAGAUGGACAUGAUUUGCAAGGAACAGAGCGAUAUCUGCCAACAGAUUUUGGAUGCUGGAAACCAAGAUGAUGGGGGUUCAGCGAUGGAGGCUGGAGAUUUGAGUGAUGGGGUUGCGUUCAAUUUCAGUUUCCACAUGAGGACGACACUCAACUAUGAUUAUUCGUUCAGAAUUUUCCAGAAGAAAGUUUACAUCUCCGCCAUUAUCUCUUCUCUGGUUGCUGUUACUGCCCUUGAACUAUACGCCUGAUAAAGGUCCAGUUCAAAGUCCCGUAUGAUAAAUGAGUUCCAGAGGAUGUCGAGGAGCUUAUGACAUUCACCAGUAAUGGUUGUUUGCUGUAAUUUCAAGUUGGAUAGCGUAUCCCUCCUCUGGGACCAUCAUCCUAGUACUUGAAGAACUCAACCUCCAACAUAGGAAGAAAUAUUUAAGCCCAAGCUCAAGAUCCAAGCAAGUUCCAAGCCUACUUGACCAUUCAAGCUUGAAAGUCCUAUUCAAGAAGAGGCUUUGCUUUACAAGAGACACCAUAAGGAAGGUGGAACAUGCAAGAAGCAACGAAGAUUAAGCGGAGACUAGAGAUGUAAGCUUUACGAGGAAAUGACCGAGCUCAUACAUGUAUAAUGAGAGCCCCAUGAAAUUUAACUUUGCAUUCAUUUCUAGGAAGAUCUUGAAGGUCUUUCCAUCACUUGUUACUAUUUGAUUACAUCAGGAUGGAUCCUUGGAUACAUGAUUUUCAUGCUCAUGCCAUUUUACUAUUUUACCCCAACUUUGACGUAUAUAUAUUUAUUACUGUGAGUUGGAGUUAUGCUCCCUCAUGAGACAUCAGAGGUUUUUCA